GGAAACCGUAUACAGUGUCAGAGCUAAAGACUAUUGUCGAGUAUUUAGUGGAAAACAAAUUGUACAGUGAAACAAGAGCUAGGAAGAUGUGGGUUGAUUUUGCUAACACAAAGAUAACAAAUAGAACUUGGCAGAGUUUAAAAGAAACGUUUUUAAAACGGAUCUUACCGGACAUACACAAUCCAUAUUUUAAACUGACUAAUGAACAGAUCAGUAGUUUCAGAGCCAGAUGCAAUCUAGCUGAAAAAGAAAAAAGCAAACUUGAAAUUCACACUAUCAGUGAUGACUCCAGUUCUAAUGGUAAUAAUCCGAAAGAUAAUGAGCCGUCAAAUGAUGAAGGGGAGACCAAUGCAGGUGAGAAUACAAAAUGUUCAAAGAUACCUCUGAGAAAUAGAUCUUCAGCUGAUACAGUAAUCCUUGAACACUGCUAUGAUACCGUGGAGGAUAUACAAAGGGACUUGGAAUCCACUGAGGAAAAAAUUGAAGAUUUAAAGCAAUCUGUGGUUAACAAAUCUCUUAGAGAUUGUAUAACUUACUCCGAACCUUUAACACCAAUGCUGCAAGAAGUACUGGAUGAUUUUGCAUCAGAACCUGAAGACUCUGACCGAGAGAACAGAAUGGAAAUUGUAGAGAAUGAGAGUGUUCCAGAAGCUGAAAAUGUUGAAGACAUCGAGAUCAUUCAUGAACAGCUCCCAGACUUUGACAAUGAUAAUGCCACUACUAAAAGUGCUGAAGCGGACGCCAUUGAAAAUUAUAAUAGAGCUGAAAUUAUUGAAGAAUUGUUAGAUCAGGAAAUAGAUAGUGAAACCAGACCCCUGAACACAAAUUCAAACACUGCAGAAGAAUCUGAACCUGACUUACCGGAAGUCGUUUUGGAUGAGGAAAUUUCGUCAAUGCAAGUAGAAAUACACACUGAAAAGAGUAUUGAUGAUAGCGCAGAACAUAUUGAUUCUGUCGCUGUUGAAAAAGAAGCAGUACAACCUGAUGCUAGUAAUGGCGGGGAUACUAGUUCUAAAAACUUACACCCAGAACCUCAAGUACAAUCUGGUGCCAUAAACACCUCUAAUAGUACAGUAGACGCCUCUCUUCCUAAUAAUCCAGAGGCAUUUAAGAAUAAGCAACCUGAGAACGUUGAAGCUAAUAAUAAAAAGACAGAAGAAAGUACAAAUGAAGUAACAAAUAAUACUGAUAAAACUCAAACUGCUGCGAAAGCUGCCAGAAAAAGAUCUGAUUCUGAGGAACCAUGCAACUAUACACAUAAAAAGAAAAAGCGACUUCACAUACAGUUGAAGUCAUCUUCCGAAUCAGAAUGCAAACAAACAACAGAGUCUCAUAAAGUUUCUGAGAAAGCUAAGCUGCCAAAGGUAAAUGGGGAUGCUAUUAAAUCACAAACAGUAAAAAUGGGCAGGCCUAAAAAUACUGAAGACUAUAGCAAACCUUCUACAAGUGCAGCAAGUAACGAGGUCAUUGAAAUAGAAGAUGUUACAACAGAACUGCCACCGAUGGUCAAAAAUCCUUGCUUGCAAACAGUCAGUUUAUUCGACGAACAAUUUAACAAAACUAGACAUAAUUCGUCCGAGUCUAGUGACUCUGAGAAGAGUAAGAAGGAAGCUGUUAAUGAAAAGCCAGAUGAAACUGUUGCGACAAUGACUAAGGAAGCAUCGAAGUCUCGUUCGGAGUCGGAAUCUGAAAUAACGCCACCUCCGCCGAAGAAAAAGAGACGGACUGGUGUAAUAUCAAGUAAAAGUGAAAGAGACAAAGCUAUUGCAAAAAUGUUUGGAGUCAGUAGUGGUGGAGGAGGUCACUCAAAGCGCAAAAGACGUUCCAGUCAUCGUGCUGAUCGUGCACGAACUACUUCGCACAAUAAUACUUCACAACAAAAUGCUACUCGCUCAGAUCCAAGUGAUUGGACUUCAGAGAGCGAGAGCGAGGCGUAUGUGUCGCCACCUCGUGGCCGUAAGAAUAGGCCGACCAAGAAAUAUCUAAAGCCACGUUCAGCCAAGAUAUCUUCACUUGAGGAGGAAGGCGGACUGUUCGUGAUGUACGGCAAAAGAAUAUACCCAGUGGUGAAAGAUGGCAAGAUACUCAAGAACUAUGUUACAUUCCUAUCAGAAAGUGAUUCCGAUGAAGAAUUAUUCUGGAAACAGAAGUAUGUUGAGGAAAAGAAGAAGGCUGCUGAAUUGAAGAAGUUAUUAGAAGAAGCCACAGAGCCUAAGCCAAAGGCAAUAGAGAAUAACCAAGCUCCAGCAGUUCAGCAGCCUAACCCAAUAAGUACUCCAAGACCUAGUCUUGUUCAGGUGGCUGAACCUUCAAAGUGCCAAGCAAAAGAAGUACCUUCACCACAAAUAGAAGAGAAGAAAGAAGCACCAAAAAUGGGCCCUGAGAGAAUUAAGAUUAAAUUCACGAAGAACAAUGAGGAAGUCCACUUGGAGGGCCACUGGCCCCAAAUCCACCCAGUCCUGGAGCAGGUGGUGCAUAUCUUCCACAAGGAGUCUGAAACAGCUGUCACCGAGCCGCCACCGAAGCCAGCCGCUACCAAUGGGGUCAAGGAGCUGACCAGUGGACUCUCAACACCCAUUGUGGUUACUGUUGACCCAGAAGUACAUGAAAAAGUGAAUAAAAUUGAGAAAGAAAUAUUUCAAGAGAUUGAAGAACGAGACCAAGAAGAAGAUGUGAAACAAAAUGGUGUCAAUAACGUAACUAAAAGGAAACAACCUGCUCAAAGAAAAUCGUCGUCAUCAUCGACGUUAGUAACGCCAGAGAAACAGCGAAAAAUCUCCAAUGGGACAGACAAAGAGACAAAUCAAACAGUAGCAAAAAGCCGACCACGUCGACAGAAGGCAAAGGAAACAGAAAAUAAAUCCGUUGAUAAUCAAGAAAUAUCUCCUAAAAGACAAACCAGAACGCCACGUAAAGUAUUGAAUGAAACUGUAAACACAAGCAACUUGAAAACAAUGCAGACUCGCCGAUCGAAGCAGAAUUCGGAAACCAGCCCCAAAGAACAAAAAGAAGUCGUAUACACGCUGACACGGAGCAAGAGGCUUUCACUUAGGGCAGCUAACAAUAAAACAAAUAAAAAAACGUAUAAAAGUGCUGCAAAAAUUCCGAGGAUAUUCUCGUCCCCUGACAAUCUGGCACCUUAUUCUAUGGACAGUACGCAAUGGUACCAUGAUACAGACACGAGUCCAGCCAAACCAGAAACAAGGAGAAAGAAAAAACUGGACAUGUCCAGCUUUGUGAUAAAAACAAGAAAUUCAUUACUGCGGAAUUCAAAGAGCAAAACCUACCCUUAUUUAUACUGUGAUGCGUACAACGACUCUAGCAACUCGUCUGUUGAUGCACCGGCAAAGGUUGCUCGGGAAAAUUCGACUCUGAAAUCCGAAGCUUAUAAGUCGGACUCUUACCAACACCUCAUGCCCCAAGUAAAGAUCAUACUACCGAGGCAUUUGGAGCCAAUACACGAGACACCUCCUAAUGAAAAUGGAACUUAUUUCUCCAAAUCUUCCAAAGAAAUGCGCACUGAAGAUGUAUCGGCUCCUAGAAGAGAUAAUCAUACCAAUAACUCGGGCCAAAUGACGUGUGACGUCGGUAGCUCCAGUAAUAUGUCCCUUCCAAUGUCCCCGGAAUUAUCAAUUGUGGAAAACUUAUCCGUAUCGAAAGAGCUUCUUAACUCUGCUGAAGAUUACCCAAUUAUUAAUGAAAUGAAAAAAACUGAUGCAAAUGAACCAAUGUCGUGUAACAAUUAUAGGAUAUCAGAAGUCGACGUCACUUUACCGCUGAUGAACCAGGAAUGUGAUUUUGAAAGUUGUAACAAAGCCAGUGAACCCAGCAGUGGAGGGCAAGGGUUGGUUACAGAGUCUUUGCUGAAGAAAAUCGACACUUUCAAUAUAAAUGAGCAAGUAACUGCAACAGAUACAUUGAACAAAAAACUUCAUGAUCUUCUUUUAGACAGUGCUAAGAAAGUGAGCAGAAAACAAAGUACAGAGAAUAAAGAUAGCGUAAUGGAAAUAGAUGUUACUAGUGCUCCUAGUGGUGAUGUACAAAAAAAAGCUAAAGCCAAAAAGAGAUGCUCCACCCCGCAGAAAAGAAAAAGAUCAAAAAAAUCUGCGGCUCCUCAAGUGGAUCCUGUCGUGGAAGAGGAACAUGUGGAGUCGUUCUCACACGGCGGUGGAAGACAGUCAUGCCCGCCUCUCUUCCAAGCAUAUCUAGGCGAUGAAAUCUUAACUGAAGAAAUAGAUAUCGCUAACCUCAGCAACACCAAUAAUAAACCAAAGGGCAGAAAGAAAAAAGACAUCAUCAGAGUUAAGAUACAGCGGCCAAAACGAAAACCGGGCCACGAGAAAGUUCAUUCGAAGUCUGCGAAAAAUGCAAGCAGGUUGUCACUUUUCACAGAUAGCGGUAUUAAUGAAACUGAGUCGGAGGUGUUUCAACCAGUCAAUGAAAGUGUGGAACUAAUACAUAAUCACUCGGAAACGUGCCUACUAGCUAAUGAGUGUGUAGGCGACAGUUUAGAGUUAGUAGAAGAUUCCAAAUCAGUUAUAACUCUGGACGAUUCACUGCAAUCUGGCGAUGCGUGGAAAAGCCAAACACAGAACAUUAAUGAACACGACACUUCGCCGUCACCUGAUGUGUUUUGCAACAAUGCCCAAGAUGUAUGCUUGUAUAAAAACGGUAAAUCGGACAUUGAUAGUGUAAGCGAAACAGUAUAUCACAGCCCAUAUGGUACACCAAAUAGCCUGAUUACGGAAGACAUUUCCGACGAUUCUCCUUUGGCAUCACGCCCAGCGAAAUGGUACUUGUUGAGCGAAGAUGAAACCAAUAACACGAACUUGGUGGGGCAAGGAACAGCCAUGCUAAACGCUGGGAGCUACACAUCGAAUCUUAAACAUAUAUUCCCAGUCACUUGCGCCGUACCAGAUUUAUCGACCAUUACAGAAAUGUCUGACAACAGUAGAAAACCCGCUCUAGAAGAUUUAGCCGGUCUAACAGGAGAUGAUUUUAAUUCUCUAAGCGUUUUCGAAUCUAAUUUUAAUGUUUGA